AUAUAAUGUGCUGUUAUAUCUCAAGUUACAUAAUCCACUGUGUGCAGCUGAUUAUUGUGAAGAAAGUCAGACUGAUUGACCUUGAUAAACUGAGCAAAAUCAGGUGGAGCUUUGUUAAGAGAUGGAGGAGAGCAGAUAAGCACCCUCAGAAAUGCUGGAGCAUGCAGCUUAUUGUCAAAAGAUAUAAACACACCUCUUUUACCUUCUGCAUCUCUCUGAAGGUGGUUGAAGGAUGGCUGUCACUCUGGAGGGAAAGAGUAAGUUUGUGCCACCUCCGGAUUUGGGAAACAAAUGCCCUGAAGAUGACGUGCACAGAUUUAUAACAGACUGUAUGAAGGCUGUUGGUGUUCCUCAAGAAAAUGCAGUGCUGAUGGCCGAUAUUUUAGUUGAGGCCGACCGGCGAGGGCAUUUCAGUCAUGGGCUUUUAAGGACAGAAAUGUAUUUGGCCGAUAUGCUAAAGAAACUCUGCGACCCUCAUGCUAGACCAACAGUCCUGAAGGAGAGUGCAUCAACAGCUAUAGUGGAUGGGAACAACGGUUUGGGUCCUGUGGUUUCUAAGUUUUGCAUGGAUUUGGCAAUCAAGAAGGCAAAAGAAACUGGAAUAGGCUGGGUUUGCAAUAGAGGCAACAACCACUAUGGUAUUGCAGGAGUGUGGGCUAUGCAAGCAGCAGAAAAGGGAAUGAUUGGCAUGUCUUUCACGAACACCUCAUCUCUCGUGGUUCCAACAAGGAGUGUUAAGCCUGUCUUGGGCACAAAUCCAAUAUCUCUGGCAGCUCCAGCAGAAGGUGGUAAUUUUGUACUAGAUAUGGCAACAAGUGUUGUGGCAGGUGGUAAGGUGGAGAAGAAAGUGUACGAAGGGAAACCACUACCAGAGAAUUGGUCGCUAGAUAAGGAAGGCUGCCCUACAACGAGUGCCAAAAAAGGAUUGGAGGGUUUCCUCUUACCCCUUGGAGGUGCAGAAGAAACCUCAGGAUACAAAGGCUUUGGUCUAGGAAUGAUGGUGGAGAUAUUUUGUGGCAUCUUGUCAGGAGGGACAUAUGGGCCUCAUAUUCGUGAAUGGACCAAAGCAGACAGACCAGCGGACCUCAGCCACUGUUUUGUGGCAAUUGAUCCAACUUGCUUUGCUCCUGGUUUUGAAAGUCGGCUGGGAGAUCUGAUGAAUUAUUGCCGCAACGUACAGCCGGUUGAUCCCCAAAAACCAGUUUUGGUGGCUGGUGAUCCGGAGAGAAUCAACUCUGAGAAGGUCAGAGCAGAUGGAGGCAUAACUUAUGACACCAGCCUCAUACAGGAAAUGUGGAAAUUAGCAAAGUUCUUGGGUGUAAAGCCACUGCAGUCGGUAUGAAUUGCUUCUGAGGAGCCAACCAGGGUGUAAAGCCACUGUAGUUGGUAUGAAUUGCUUCUGAGGAGCCAACCAGUGCUAAGUUUUCUUUCUUGAACUUGAUUAAAGGACUACAAUUUA